AUGAAGUCUCUUCUUCUCCUUGUCCUUGUCCUUUUCCUCUCUUUCUUCUCCGGCUCUCUCUUCGCUAGCAGACAUUUCCCGACGACGCCCCACAAUCAAAGUCAUCAUCAUGUGGGAACGGCGACGGGGACACUAAAGCGCCAGAGGAGGCCGGACACGGUGCAGGUGGCUGGGUCUAGGUUGCCGGACUGCUCACACGCGUGUGGCUCAUGCUCCCCAUGCCGUCUUGUGAUGGUUAGCUUCGUAUGUGCAACGCUUGAAGAGGCUGAGACUUGUCCCAUGGCUUAUAAGUGCAUGUGCAACAACAAAUCCUACCCCGUCCCAUGA